CCUCUACAAGACGUCUCGCAUCCGCGUAUUGAGCUUGGUGCCACAGCUCGACGCACAGCAAGUGCAGCACCCAACCUCGCGUCGCGGCUGGCGGUGGACCGAACUCCGCGAUGGUGAGCCAUGACGUCGUCGGCCAUCUCCUCAGUCUCGUUCUCGACAUCCACAACGACCACAACCCACACACCAUGGCGACGCUCUACCUGGACCCACCCAAGGUUGACACCACAGAAGGCGGCAAGAAGGUGAACAAGUUUACGCGGCCCACGCCGCCGCCGUUCGUCGACACAGCCCACCGCGUGCGAUACCAGCGCGGCCAGCUGGCGCUCGGCGCACGCAUCCUGUCUGACCAAGGCUGGGGGGUAGGCUACGCGCUCGGCCUGUCCGCGCGCGACGCGGGGGACAGCGGGCUGGUGUGGUUCCUGCCCCGGGGACGCGCGCUCAACGCGGUGCGGAGCGACGACCUCGUCGGCGUCGACUUGGAGGGCAAUGUCGUCUCUGGCACCGGCGAGGUCGACGCUACCUACGCCCACAUCCACCUCGCGAUCUACGCGUCCCGACCCGACGUGAACGGCAUCUGCAGUGGGCACACGCCGCACGGGCGCGUGUUUGCGCAGAAGGCAAAGCCGCCCGCGACGCUGUGGCAGGACAGCUGUAUCUUCCACCGGCGCGUGGGCGUGCUGUCCUUCGCUGGCGCUCUCAACGCUGGCAGCGAUCGCAAACCUGUCGCGGACGCCGUGUCAGGGGACAUCGUCGCGCUCGUGCUUGCCAACCGCGGCCUGUUGACCGCGAGCGCGAGCAUCGAGGGGGCUAUCGGGCUGUACUUGCGCCUAGAGAGCCUCGCGCACGCGCAGCUGCUUGCUGAGGCUGCUGUGCGCGGGCGCGGGGGCGAGCUCAUCCCCGUUGGGGAAGAGGAGGCACUCUUUACCCAGCAGAACGCGGGUUCCGCACACCAGCAGUGGAUGAUGAGCUUGCCGCAGUACACGCGGCUCGAGAAGGCCACGGGCGGCCCACUGGUCUACUAGCCGCUACGACUGCCAUGUUCUUCUAGUUGCAUAUGCUACGCCUUGUACCCGUC